AUUUCACUUGACUUUGAAGAGAUACAGUGACGUGGCCUUCACAUCACUGGCAUCCGAUGAGAAGAUUUGGCUUGGGGAUAAGCUGUUAUAUGCGGUUACCAUUAAACAACAUGUUUCCUCCAAGUUAACUAUGAGCAUUGAUUCGUGUUGGGCAACACCAGAAGCUGAAUCGAAUGCUGCCGUGCGAUAUGAUCUCAUCAAGAACAGAUGUAAAGAUGAUAGCACAGUAAGACUCUUCAGUGAUUUAGGACACCUUAAGCAAGGGUUUUCCUUCGAAGCCUUCACAUUCCCCGGGGAUUAUGGACAGAAAAGCGUAUAUAUCCACUGUUCCGUAUACAUGUGCGUUGCAAGUAACCCAGAGAGCCGAUGCCAACAGGGUUGUAUUCAUGGCAUUGUCCGACGUAGCAGCAGAACUCUAUCCAACGUGAUAGCUCACACCGUAUCAAGUGGUCGUAUCUCGGUCCAUUAAAUAUAGAGCUGACCAGUGGCGUGCGCAGGAUUUUUUUCUUUUUUCAAUAGGGGUGGUUGAAAAUGUGAAA